AUGAAUGCGCUACCCUCAUUCCUGCAACCUGCCGUCCGCAAAGGCCCUCGGUACUCCGCGCGGCCCUUCUACACCACGAUUCUUGUGUUCACAACCCUUGCGGCACUCACCUUGGCUAUUCGAGCUACUGGGAAUGGACAGGUACAGCAGCGCACAGCAGCGGGUGUGUCCCUUCUCAAACGGGAAGAUGAACUAGAGUGCCGCCUAGUACGAGACGUCAAAGAUCAGUGUGCCUAUGUUCGCGUCAACUGCCCGGAUCACCAAGAUGGCCUGCUCUCCUACCUGCAAUUAUACUACUGCACACUGUCCGAUGCGAAGCCGCUAGCAUUUACAAUAUUGAUUUUGUGGUUGUCGCUCUUAUUCAGUACCAUUGGAAUCGCGGCCAGUGAUUUCUUGUGUAUUGACCUGAGUACGCUAGCAAGCGUCUUGGGGUUGAGCGAAAGCCUUACUGGCGUUACGUUCCUCGCGUUUGGAAAUGGCAGUCCCGAUGUCUUCUCGACCUUUGCCGCGAUGCGGUCAAAUAGCGGGAGUCUCGCGAUUGGUGAGUUGAUUGGAGCAGCCAGUUUCAUCACAUCUGUAGUUGCGGGCUCCAUGGCCUUGGUCCGACCCUUCAAGGUGGCACGGCGGAGCUUUGUCCGCGACGUGGGGUACUUUGUGAUUGCCGUCAGCUUCAGCAUGUUCUUACUGGCUGAUGGCCGACUUCAUGUUUGGGAGUCUGCUGCCAUGGUGGCUCUGUACGCCUUUUAUGUUGUGAUGGUCGUGAGCUGGCACUGGUAUCUGGUUCGCCGUCGCCGAAAGUAUGAGAGAGAUCUUGCAGCACGAACCCAUUUCCACAUCCCCGACAACCAAGAGCUGGAGGUCGAGCAGGCAAUUGAAGAUGAUGACCCAGGGGUGGCCUCGGAGUCACGAAGCCUCCUCCGUGGAGCAUCCACAGAUGACUUUGAUAUGUUGGAACGGGCCGAAGCAGUUCCCAUAUGGAAGGAAGAGGAGGAUGAAGACGACGAGACUCGUAACCGAUAUCUGGCCGAGAUUCGCGAUAACAUGCAUCUUUAUCCUCCGAACAGACCAAGGCGAAACACCCUGAACCCAAUCCGGCCAAGUCUUGUUGGAGCUCUGGAAUUCCAAUCAGUGCUUCGCUCGCUUCAGAUGUCACAAAACCACCAGCCAACAAUCAGCGUGAGUAGUUACUCGGAUGAUGGUGAUAAUUCAUCCCAACCUUUUGACACGCGCUCGAUUGCAUCGCAUCCUCGCGCUAGCAGACCCACGGGAUAUAAUGACCGCCUGUCGCCUCACAAUGCAGAAGGCGCUCGAGCACGAGCCGUGUCGGCUAACGAUGCUGCUGGGCUGAAGUUCGAUGCCAGUGUGUUAGACCGUCGAACAGACGAAACCCCACGUCUUACCGUGAGACGGCCUUCAAAUGAUCCAGAAGCCAUGCAGCCACCUCAACUCCCCCGCAUAGAUACCAGUGCAGCGUUGACAGCCUCCCCAUCAUCAUCGGGGUAUCCUUCACCGAACCACAGCCCCGUGGACGCAGGAGCUCCUCAAACACCGGAUCUUUUGGCGCCGCCAGAUGUGUUCAGUUCUCCCAAUUAUCAAACUGGGGCGACUCAUGGACGCUCACCACGUCCGGUGUCGCCUGGAGAUGAAACUACAAGGUAUUAUUCUGCACUUACCCCGGAAAGUGCGGCUGCACCGUUCCCCGCCUUCGUUGAUGGACCAUCUCCAUCGGCUCGUUUAUCUAGUAUUCGUCUGCCAAACCCAACGUCGAGUCCAUCGGAGCAGUUGCUAUUCCAUGACGGGCUUGACGAAAACACCAGCAACGGUUCCUCUUUCCGGCUAUCUCUGAAGAAGUUGUGGCCUUCAACCUUCCCUGCUCCGCGGCGCAUCGGCUGCACACUUUUCCCUACAUUGGCUGGCUGGAAAUCCAAGGGCAUCGCUGCGCGCUUUCUGGGGAUUAUUGCAGCACCCAGCGUGUUCCUCCUCACUAUCACCAUUCCAAUUAUUGAACCCGAAGGUCCCGAGUCCGCUGAUCCCGACCCGGUUCCGGCUGUGGUCAUUGAGCGGGUUGGAGGCGAGAACCACCACGCUCCCAGGGUAAGACUACCGGCUGAUAGCCCUGUCAUUCACCCGGGGCACGACCAUCAUGACUCCGUUCUACGGAUUACAACCUCCCACCCGCGUCGCAAGUCAUCGCAUCAUGAACAUAAUCGUCCCAGUCGUCCACGUUGGGACUCGGAACUCCCACCCCCGCCACCACAUCUCGACAACUCGACUUGCUCUCUACCAGCCAAGGACUGGAACCGCUGGCUCGUCGGACUCCAGCUCUUCAGCGGCCCCUUGUUCUUCACCCUUAUCGCAUGGAUCACCGUUGACGAAGACAACGAUCCUCGUAACCUCAUAUUACCUGGCCUGGUAUCCCUCCUAUUCUCAUUCUUAUGCCUCACGGCCCUUGUCCUCUCAACCCGCCGUCGACCCUGGCACCAAAGCAAUGACCAGUCCGCCCACAAUUCCUGCGAACAGCUCCCACCCCGCCCUCUCCCCAACUCAUGGCGUCCCCUCCUAGCCCUCCUAGGCUUCCUAGUCGCCAUCUCCUGGAUCGCAACAAUCGCCACCGAAGUCGUCUCCCUCCUCAAAACCAUCGGCGUCAUUCUGGAUAUUUCCGACUCGCUAUUAGGAUUGACCGUCUUCGCCGUAGGAAACUCCUUGGGUGAUCUCGUCGCCGAUAUCACCGUGGCAAGACUCGGAUACCCCGUCAUGGCGCUGAGUGCUUGCUUCGGUGGUCCUAUGCUCAACAUCUUGCUUGGAAUCGGCCUGGGUGGUUUGUACAUGACUCUGAAUGGAGGCCAUGCGCCUCGACACGAUGAGAUUGUUCCUGAUCGAGCUCCGUAUGAGAUUGCCAUUUCCAAGGUUCUCAUCAUCAGUGGAGCUACCCUGCUAGUUGUCCUGGUUGGUCUGUUGAUCGUGGUUCCAUUAAAUGGCUGGCGGAUGGAUCGCAAGAUCGGAUGGGGGUUGAUUGCAGUUUGGUGUGUGAGUACCCUGGGGAAUGUUAUUGCGGAGAUUGCAUCAUGA